AUGCAGCAGCUUGAUCUAGCAAGGAAAAACGUUAGAAUUGGCCGUUAUCAACUGGCAUUGAAUGCGUACAAGUCGUCCUUGAUCACUUUUAAAGAGGAUCUGAAGAAGGAAGUCGAUAGUGCAAAGACAAAACAGCUGAUUGAGGUAAGAUAUUAUAGUAGCUUUUUGUUUUACGUUUAGGUGGUGCGAUUGGUGGGAAAAGAGCUCGAAAGUCUACAGAGUUUGGUUGCGGAGACCAAGAACAUCACCAUCUCUCCGUCAACUCCAGAAACUCCUUCAGAUCCCAUGGUUUGGGCACCUCCAGCAAAGCCAGCUAAAACAAUAUCCAAGAAGCCUCCAGUGCCUAAAAGGACAACAGGUGGAUCAGGUCCUCGAAAAGGGUUUGCUUCGUCUGUGUCUACUCCGAAAACAACUAACACAACUCCGAAGACAACUGUGAUAAGAAGGGUAACUUCUCAGCCCAAACUAGACGAUGUAUCUUAUAACAAUGUGAUGGACAAAGAAGAAGAUAACGAGGAGGAGAAGGUGUUUGAUUCCACAAUGUACGAUAGGGAACUGGUGUGGUUGGUGGAGAAGAGUGUGAUCCAGAGGAACCCGAGUGUGAAGUGGAAUGACAUUUCGGGUUUGGAGACUACCAAGAAGACAUUAACUGAAGCAGCUCUUCUUCCUCAGCUCUUUCCGACCUACUUCAAGGUAAUGAUUUGUUUGUGUUUUGGAGUUAUGUUUCUUUUUAUUUAUGUUACCUAAAAUAUUUUAUUUAGGGGAUACGUAGACCUUGGAAAGGAGUAUGUCUGUUUGGUCCUCCUGGUACAGGAAAGACAUUGUUGGCCAAAGCGGUGGCCACAGAAUGUAAAUCAACCUUCUUUUCUGUAUCUGCUUCAACUUUUGCUUCUAAAUGGAGAGGAGAUGGGGAGAAGCUGGUUCGAUUGCUGUUUGAAAUGGUAAGGGUUUAUGGAUACAAUAUGAAUUUUUGAUGUUUUUAAGUAGCCUAAAGUAAUAUAAAGUUAAAACAUAAAUUAAAAUUGUUUUAGGCUCGAUUUUAUGCUCCAUCGACGGUUUUUAUUGACGAGUUGGAUACAUUAUGUUCGACAAGAAGCUCUGAAAACGAGCACGAAGCUUCCAAACGUUUAAAAGGAGAACUUCUAGUACAAAUUGAUGGUAAGUUGUACAACCGUGGUUAGAAAUAGGAAAUUGUCGAUUUAUAAAUUAUUAAAUUUUAAAGAUAGGUAUAAAAUAAAUAUACAAAUAUAACAUUUUAGUAAUAUUAUUUUCAGGUAUGAAUGACGAAACCGACCGUACCGUCCUUCUAUUAGCGGCUACAAACCGACCGUGGGAUCUUGACGAAGCCUUCAGAAGGCGACUUGAAAAGCGAAUUUACGUGGGACUACCUGACACAGAAACUCGAUUGGAUCUUUUGAAGAACUGUCUCUCCAGUGUCAAAUUGGGUGACGAUGUGAAUCUGAACGAGUUGGCGGCCAAGACGCAAGGGUAUUCUGGAGCCGAUGUGACUAACCUUUGUCGUGACGCUGCUCUUCAGCCAAUGAGAGACUGUCUGGACAACCUGGAGGACUACAAGACCGCGGCCGAACAGCUCUCGGCCAGUUUUCUCGAGGAGAAACCAAUCAAAAUGUGUCACUUUAACAGCGCCAUGAAACGGGUGAAUCCAUCUUGUAGCGCGGAUACGAUCCGGAAGUACAAGGAAUGGGAGAAGCAAUUCGGUGCCAUCUGA